AUGGUCGCGAGAAAGCGCGGGAGAGACGAGAUGGAGGCCGAGGAGCCCGUCGAGGAGCCGAGCAUGCUGCACAAGCUGCGCAACAUGUGGCAGUUUGCGAAUCUGGCGCAGUACCUUCACCUGUUCAUCGGCGCUCUGAAAAUUGACCACGACUUCGACAUCGAGGAUUUGGAGACAGAGUGCCUCAAGCCCCAGCCGUCUGAGAAGCUGGCCGAGAUAGGCCUUGCUCUCCUCAAGCAUGUCUCAUCGCAUAAAGGCCUGACGCCGGACAUUUUUGACGAGUACGCUCGCCGACAGUUCGUCGCUAAAGCCCCCUCGCGGAAUCCGUUCGGCACCGAAGAGACGCCCAACAAGUUUGACGACUUCGAUGUCUUCACAAAGAUCCGAGUCCUACAACAACUCUCUGUGUGGACGCUAAACAAUCCCAACACUAUACGAGAGCGACUCAACCCUACCGAGGCUGAACAGGUGCUUUGGCGCAUUGAAGACUACGGAUGGGACGCACAGGACCGUACGCUUAUUCUGCUAGAUGACCUUCGCUUGUAUCGCCGAACGGACCCAGCGCCGCCCACACCGCCCCCUAAGGCGAAAUCGAAAUCAAAGGCCAAAAAGUCCCGGUCCACACGGAACAGCAAGCGAUGGAAGCAGGCUACUCCAGAGCCGGACGAGCCCGCAGAGGAUGAUGAGGUGGCGGAGGUCCAGGAAACAAAAGAGGAGGAUGAUGGGCUUGGCGGUAUGAAGUGGGAGUGCAUGUGCGUCACCUUGGAGGAUUAUCAGGACUAUAUGAGCAGCAUCCGGAAGAGCAGGGAUGCCAACGAGAAGGCGCUGUAUAAACGUAUCGAGGAGGAGAUACUUCCAGAACUCGCCAAGGUCGCGGAGGAGCAAGCGAAGAAAGAAGCCCGCAGAAUGAAAGAGCUGGAAGUGCUACAGAAGCUUGCAACUGCAAAGCGCUCCUCGCGAAUUUCGGCAAGGAUGGAGAAACAAAAGGAGGUGGAAGAAGCCGAAGAAGCUGAGCGCAAGAGGCAGGCUGAGCUGGCUAAGGCCAGAGCAGAACAAGACCGGCAGCGCAAGCUAGAAGAGGCCCACGAAUCACGCCGCAUGACCCGUGAGCAGCGCCUCCGCGAGCGCGAAACCGCAAAGAUUCUGAAAGAGGAAGAGGUGCGCAAAAUGGAGGAGGACCAGGAGAAGAUUGAAGCCAAGCAGGCUAGACUCUCAGAGCGGCAUCUUAAGACCCAGAUGAAGAAACGGCAGGAGGAGUUGCGGAGGCUAAACGAAGAAGAUUAUUGGGUCUUUGACUGUGAAAAGUGCGGUCUCCACGGAGAAUGUCUCGUUCUGAAGGAUGGGACUGCCCAAGUCGCCUGCGACAAGUGCGGUGUUUGGCAACACAGCAGAUGCCACGGCCUUCCGGAUAACGUGCCUGAGGACUUCCCUUUCAUCUGCUCGUCUUGCAAACGCAAAGCAGACGUGGCGAACCAGCCGAAGCUUCCACCUCUCAAACUAAGGCUCACUUCGAGCUCUCCCAGCACCAAUAAUGGAGCGCAAGUAAACGGGAGGACUCUUGCAGGGCCUGCGCGCCAGCUGGAAGCAGUGAGGAUCCCCGUCCAGAAGCCAUAUGUCGCGCAGUCUCCGCCCAGGCCAGCGCAGCCCCCUCCUUUUAUGACUGGUCCAAGCCUCUCGCCGCGGGGGCAGGCUCUGGGACCGCCAGGAAUUCAGCGGUCCGAAGCAGCGUACGGCUCACCAUUCACACAUGCUACUAGCAGCUCGCCGCCUACAGUUCCUCGGCCUUACGCCUCCAAUGCACACAACGGAGUCUCCAUGGCUAAUGGCUUCCCGACUUCGUCAUCACCUCCCCAGUACCAGGGCCCUAGAGCACCAAUCAGUCCGUUCAAUAACUAUAAUCUGUCUUUCCCAAGACAGAACGGCAGUCCCUACAACGCUCCAAAUCCUUUCCAAGCCCCGCAGCAUCCGCCGUAUGGAAGCAGUUUCAGCCGACCGACUUCUUCUGCAGGCCCUGCCGGUCCAUACCAAUCUCCCAUCAAGCACUCCCCGGCGCCGUCGCCUCGCCCUACAAAUGGCGUUCCGAACGCUUACAAUUUCAACAGCCCGCAUUCAUCCUUCCCUCCGAACGUAGUGCCAGGCCCGGUUUUUUCACCUACGAAGAAUAGCUCCCCGCCUCCGCCCGCUCAGCAAAUGUCCUCCCCCGCACCUGCGCCUGUGAAAUUUGCUCCAUCGCCGAGACAAAUGCCCGCCCAAGUUCUUCCGGACCCCAUCCCUGCACCGUCGAAGCACGAUGCCGCGAGACCCAUUUCCAGCCACAGCAUGGCAGAUACCCCUGUCCUGCCUCCGAUCAAGCCAUUACCACCGAGCGCUAAUCCGCAAAACCUGAGUCCGCCGACCAAGAAGCCGUCGCCCACGCCGGAGAAGCCAUCUGUUGCGUCCGCUGUCGGGAACGGUAUUGGAAGCUCUCAGCAGUAA